AUGUACGACACGAAGACCCCCGUGUCCACCCGCGGGGACAAGGAGACGGGCAUCCACCACCACCACCACCACGCGGACGACACCACCGUAGAAGGCGCCGCGGCGGUGGCGGUGGUGGAGGGCCGCCGCCGACGUCCCGAGGACCUCGCCGCCGAUGCCGCCCGGGCCGAGCACCAGAUGACGCUUCUCGAGGCCGUCCGGACCUACCCCAAGGCCAUCGGCUGGUCCGUCCUGCUCUCCUCGACCCUCGUCAUGGAAGGCUACGACCUCGCCCUACUGGGCAACCUGUACUCCUCGGCCGUCUUCAACGACAAGUACGGCGCCUGGAGCGAGGCGCAGGGCCGCCGCGUCGUCUCGGCCGCGUGGCAGUCCGGCCUGUCCAACGGCGCGCGCGCGGGGGAGGUCCUCGGGCUCGUCCUCGCCGGCUGGGCCGCCGACCGCUACGGCUACCGGCUCACGACCAUGGGCUUCCUCGUGCUGAUGAUCGCCUUCAUCUUCGUGCUGUUCUUCGUCCCCAACGUCCAGAUCCUGGUGCUCGGGGAGGUCCUGUGCGGAAUCCCGUGGGGUGCUUUCCAAAGCGUCACGCCGGCCUACGCCUCCGAGGUCGCCCCGGUCGUCCUCAGGCCCUACCUGACCACCUUUAUCAACAUGUGCUGGGUUAUUGGUCAAUUCUUCUCGGCCGCAGUCAACAAGGGCUCGUACCACCACAAAGACGAGUGGGCCUACAGGAUCCCUUUUGGAGUGCAAUGGGUCUGGCCCGUCCCCAUCCUCAUCGGCCUCUUCUUCGCCCCCGAGUCCCCCUGGUGGUACGUCCGGCAUAACGACAAGGCCGCUGCCAAGCGCGCCCUCCUCCGCCUCACGUCGCGCAACCAGCCCAAAUUCAACCCGGACGAGACCAUCGCCAUGAUCGAGCACACAGACGAGAUGGAGAGGCGCGCCAGGGAGGGCGUCACGUACCGAGACUGCUUCCGCGGCGUCAACCUGCGCCGCACCGAGAUCGUCGUCGGAGUCUGGAUCGUCCAGACGCUCGGCGGCCAGAACCUCAUGGGCUACUUCGCCUACUUCCUCACCCAGGCCGGCAUGGACCCCGGCAACUCCUUCAGCCUGUCCAUGGGGCAGUACGCCCUCGGCAUGGCCGGCACCGCCGGCUCCUGGUUCCUCAUGCACCGCGUCGGCCGCCGCACCAUCCACUUCUCCGGCCUGUGCGCCCAGUGCGCCCUGCUGCUCGUCGUCGGCGGCCUCUCCUUCUCCGGCGCCAACGCCUCCGUCUGGGCCAUCGGCGCCGUGCUCGUCCUCUUCACCUUCGUCUACGACUUCACCGUCGGGCCCGUCACCUACUCCCUCGUCUCGGAACUGUCGUCGACCCGCCUUAAGAACAAGACCAUCGUCCUCGCCCGCGCCGCCUACAACGCCAGCAACAUCUUUGUCAACGUCAUGACCAACUACCAGCUCUCCUCGACCGCCUGGGACUGGGGCGCCCGCACCGCGCUGUUCUGGGCCGGCACCUGCCUGCUGUCGUCCGUCUGGGCCUACUUCCGCGUGCCCGAGCCCAAGGGACGUACGUACGCCGAGCUGGACCUGCUCUUCGAGCACGGCGUCUCGGCCAGGAAGUUCGCCGGGACCAAGGUUGACCCGUACUCGCCGGAGCUCGGCGGCGAAGAGAAGUUGACCGAGGAGCACUGA